ACUGUACUGCUGCUCCCUGUUAUUCUGGCUAUUGUGUAUAAUCUGCGCGCAGCCGCCUCACUGUAAUCAAGAAGAUUAGAGAUUCUUGCGCGUCCGGAAAUCCCAAUUCCCCCCUGGUACUCCCCCUCAUCCAUCUCACCCCGCAACUCUCACCUGCCUGCCUAAACUCCUCAUUUACCCCCUCGUGCCUCCCUCCUCCAGCCUCACUGCCCCUCUCUUAUAUUGCCUUUUAUAUUCUUUCUUUUUUUCCCCCUUUCUGAUCCCAUGCAUCUAAGUCUUUGCUUGCUGCUCUCCUCCCCCUCUCAUCAUGUCUCUCCUCCUCCUCCUCCUCUGUCUCUCUCCCAGGACGUCGGCUGAUCCGGGGCCGCCAGGGAAGGGCUUGGGGCUGCAGGAAGGGAGCUGGAUCUCCGGCGGUGGCCUGGCUGCUCUUAUUUUGUAUUAAAAUGAGGAGGAGGAAGAAGAAGCAGCAACAACAACAACAGCAGCAGCAGCAGCAACAAGACCAGGAGCAGCAGCAGAGCAGCAGCAGCAGCAUCCUUAUUAGCGAGAGCAAUAAUAGAGCACAGAGAGCAGGGAACGGCGGCAGUAGCAGGAGGAGGAGGAGGAGUGAUGAGUCAAUACAACUAAUAAUUUAAUGGGGACACAGAAACGCAGAGAGAGAGAGAGAGAGAGAAGCAGCAGCUCUGGACAAACAAACACAACACACAGACACACAUACACACUCUCCGGACACACAACCUGCACAAACCAUACCACCCUGCAACAGCCAGCAAACCCUACCAGCAAAUAACUCCUCAUUAUCUGCGUGCCUAUUGUUUAAUAAUGCACGAACCUAGGAGAGGAGGACAGCAUAACCCCAGGACUGAGAAGAGGCAUUUUUUCCUGCAUUCUGAGAAACUACUGAGCAGUUCCCUGUGAUCUGUCCCCAUUCCCCGUCUGUCGGGCAGGAGGAAGCUCCUCUCACUUUCCUGACUUUGUAUUAUUAUUAUUAUUUAUUUAUUGCUGUUAUUUAUUUAUUUAUUUCCCUUCCUUCCUUCCUCACCACCCAUCUCUUCCUAUUGCUCCCACCCCUCCAAUCCUACCUCCCAUCUACUUAUACAUGGAGAGGAUCCUGGUCCACCUGUCAACUCUUCCCAGCCUGUAAAAGUAGGGAGCUUGCUCCGUCUCGCUCUAUUCCUCCUUUUCUCUCCCGUAAUCUAUUUACAGCAAAAGAUUUAAGAUUUAAAAAAAAAAAAAAAAGUUUGGUGCUUUCAUUUUGAAUGGUCCAUGUCAGGGAGUGCAGGUGGAUAACAUUCGCACCCCUCUUUCUGUGACUCCCCAACUUCACUGCAUCUCCGGCAUCCUAUCUGUUCUCUCAUCCCUCACUCACUACCUGCUGUCACUAUGCUGUGGUUCGAUUUGAUUGCGAGCUCUUUGGACAACUCUCCAGACUGAAUAUCACCAGCAGCUGCUGUUGGCUUCUUCCUCUGCUGAGCAUCUCUUUACCACAGAUUAUUAAUAUACUUUAUCUACAGUUUCUUCCUGCCGUCAGUCUCUUCCUCCCCCUGUACAUUGUAUGUACAUUGUCACUACUUGCUGUACGUUUUUCACCCUUGCCCUUCCCCCAUUUGGGGAAGCAUAUUAAGAAACACAAAUAUAUAAAUAUAUAUUUUAAAAAAUAUAGAAAAGAGGAUUCGCUUUUAAUAGGGGAAGUUAUCUGCAGGUCUGCUGCUAAAAGGACAAGAGAACCCCCCCUGCAUCAACUGGGAGGAAGCUGGGCUUUCCUUUAUCCAUUAUAUGCUGUCAGAUUGGGAAGUGGUGAUCCUUAGAGGCGGGACUGAGCAUGGAUCAUUCGAACGAGACAACUCAGGGGAUAGAACAUUCGGAAAUGUCUAACAAUGUAAGCGAUCCAAAAGGUCCGCCAGCCAAAAUAGCCCGCCUUGAGCAGAAUGGAAGUCCUCUAGGAAGAGGAAGAAUUGGAAGUACAGGUGGAAAAAUGCAAGGGGUGCCACUUAGACACUCUGCACACAUGAUGAGGUCCAGUAUCCGAAAAGGAAAUAUGCUUCCAGUUUUCUGUGUAGUGGAGCAUUAUGAAAAUUUUAUUGAGUACGAUUGCAAAGAAGAACAUGCAGAAUUUGUAUUGGUUAGGAAGGACAUGCUUUUCAACCAGUUGAUUGAAAUGGCUCUGCUGUCGCUUGGAUAUUCUCACAGUGCAGCUGCCCAGGCCAAAGGGCUAAUUCAGGUUGGUAAAUGGAAUCCAGUUCCACUCUCCUGUGUGACAGAUGCUCCUGAUGCAACAGUCGCAGAUAUGCUUCAAGACGUGUUUCAUGUGGUCACACUGAAAAUACAGCUACACAGUUGCCCUAAACUUGAAGACUUACCUCCCGAACAAUGGUCCCAUAUUACAGUACGAAAUGCUCUGAAGGACUUACUGAAAGAUAUGAACCAGAGUUCUCUAGCUAAGGAGUGCCCUCUGUCACAGAUGGAUACAGGAUUGUUCUCCAGGUUUGCAACCGCAGCACAGAUACUUGCACACCAUGACAAUAUUUUUAGAUGUAUUGCGCCAAGCUGUCAAAAUUUUACAUGCAAGAGUAUGAUUUCUUCCAUUGUGAACAGCACUUACUAUGCAAAUGUCUCAGCAGCAAAAUGUCAAGAAUUUGGAAGGUGGUAUAAACAUUUCAAGAAGACAAGAGAUAUGAUGGUUGAUAUGGAAGAUCUGACUGAAUUAUCACAACAAAAUACAAAUCAUGUGAACUUUGGUCAACAGCCCGGUCCGGGUAAUACUCCUGAAAAGCCUUCAUCCCCAGGACAGCUUUCUCUUAGCAGUCAGCCGGCUGUGCGGACGCCGCUUCCCAACUUGCAUCCAGGACUUGUAUCUACUCCCAUCAGCCCUCAGUUAGUAAAUCAGCAGCUGGUGAUGGCUCAAUUAUUGAACCAGCAAUACGCAGUGAAUAGACUUUUAGCCCAGCAGUCCUUAAACCAACAGUACUUGAACCACCCUCCUCCCGUCAGUAGAUCAAUCAACAAGCCUUUGGAGCAACAAGUCUCGCCCAACACAGAGGUGUCUUCCGAUAUCUAUCAGUGGGUACGUGAUGAAUUGAAACGAGCAGGAAUUUCGCAGGCAGUGUUUGCACGUGUGGCUUUCAACCGAACUCAGGGCUUGCUCUCCGAAAUUUUACGAAAGGAAGAAGAUCCCAAGACAGCAUCCCAGUCUUUACUUGUAAAUCUUCGAGCCAUGCAAAAUUUCUUGCAGCUGCCUGAGGCUGAGAGAGACCGAAUUUACCAGGAUGAGAGGGAAAGAAGCCUCAAUGCCGCCUCCACCAUGGGUCCAGCACCAUUAAUCAGCACACCACCAGCCCGUCCUCCACAGGUCAAGACAGCAACCAUUGCAACUGAAAGAAACGGAAGCCUGGAGAACUGCAACAUGAAUAUUAAUGCUUCCAUUUAUGACGAGAUUCAGCAGGAAAUGAAAAGAGCUAAAGUAUCCCAAGCACUAUUUGCAAAGGUUGCAGCUUCCAAAAGCCAGGGGUGGCUUUGUGAACUGUUGAGGUGGAAAGAAGACCCCUCACCUGAAAACAGGACUCUGUGGGAGAAUCUCUCAAUGAUUCGGCGGUUUCUCAGUCUUCCCCAAACAGAGAGAGAUGUUAUAUAUGAGCAAGAGAGUAAUGCGGUUCAUCAGCACGGUGACCGGCCAUCCCAUAUGAUCCAUGUGUCUGCAGAACAGAUUCAGCAACAGCAGCAGCAACAACUACAACAGCAGCCGCAGCAACAGCAGCCACAGCAACAAACACCACAGCCACCAGGGCCCAGGCUGCCACCAAGGCAGCCUACCGUGGCAUCUCCAGCAGAAUCGGAAGAUGAAAACCGCCAACAGCCCCGUCCACGAACAAAAAUCUCUGUAGAGGCACUGGGGAUUUUACAGAGUUUCAUUCAAGAUGUUGGCCUGUACCCAGAUGAGGAAGCAAUUCAAACUUUGUCUGCUCAGCUUGACCUACCCAAGUUCACAAUUAUCAAGUUUUUCCAGAAUCAGCGUUACUAUCUCAAACACCAUGGGAAGCUGAAAGACAAUUCUGGUUUAGAGGUAGAUGUUGCAGAGUAUGAAGAGGAAGAGUUACCCAAGGACAUGGAUGGAGACAGCCAAGAUAAAAGUACUACUAAUACACUGUUUUCAGUUAAACUUGAAGACAAUUUAACUGGAGAAAGGAAUACAGACAUCACUGCAGACCUGAAUGACUUAUCAUAAAGUAUUAUUUUUAUUCAAAAGUUCCACUGGUAUUACUAAUAACAAUUCCAUCCUGUGUACUGUCAGUAACACUCUAUUGUACAAUGUACGGCUGAUGAAUCUUGGGGGUGGGGUGGGGUGGGGUGGGGGACUUGCACAAACAAAAAAGGAAAUGAUACAGAAGAUAUUUAAAUGUUUUACUCUGUCUAUAAACUUUUCUUAGCUCCUGAUGAAAUAAUGAAGAUUGCUCUGAAAUCUGUGUUCACUGGAUAAGCCACAACUUACUUGACAAGCAUGAUUCCAGUGCCGGCGAAUUGAAAGCUGGAGCAUUGAAACAAGCAUACAAACCUUCAGUGGUUUUUCGUUUUCUGUUUUCCUGUUCUAAUCCACACUUGAUCUUCAGAAAGUCACGCUUAUAUAAAUAGGAGAGUAUGUUACUCUUGCACAGUUAUAGGGUGCAGACGAGCUCUAUGCUGUGGUAUGCAGUUUAAAAUGAUAACAUGCCAACAAAUGCCUUGUGUUAUAUGGCACUGCCGUAAUUUAGACUUCUUAUGUUUUCAUUUUGGAAAUAAAAGGUCACUGUAUUUUUAUUUUGUUUUAUUGGUUAUAAAAGGAAGAAUAUGUGAACGUUUGGUCCCACUAUCUGUAGAUUCUGCAGCAUCAUGUUGUAAUUAUUUUUGGGGGACUACAUUAUUUUAUUUUUGUUGUUGUAUGUAAUAUUGCUUAUCUUUGUUACAAUACUGGUUCUUUUUUUUUCUAUUUAUAUAUGUAUUUUGAUGGGCAGUAAAACAAAGUGUCUUAAAAGUUUUAAAUAGAGAAAAUGUGCUUUACAGAGUUGCCUAUAAAAAAGUGCUCUAUGUUAUCCAAGCAAUUCAUACUAUAAAGCUUCACUCUUAUUGUGGUAUGCAAUUUUUACUAUCAUGCAAACAAGCUUAGGUAAAUAAAACAAAUAGAUCACCCUAGAAACUUAUGCAAUUAAUGUGAAAAAAUAAUUGUGUGCAAUGUGUCUUCCCUUGGUUUACAAUCAAUUUUCAAGCUACAUCUGUACAAAGUUUCUGUAUAAAGGUGUAUUUCUUUUUUUUAUGAGUUUAUGCCUAUGAAAACACCAGUUAUUUUGUUAAAGCUGGUUGUUUUUGUAAAUGUAUCACAAUUUUCUUUAUGCAAAGAUGUUCUGACUAGAAGUGGUUAUUGACUGUAACUACACAAUUAAAAUUGUUUGGUAUGAUA